GUUCCGGGGUUGGAGCGGCGGGGCUCUGGGAGGGAAGUCUGGAGCGGGACGCGGGGCGCCGAGAGGAACGCGAGCCUGGGGCCUGUGAGACAGUACCUUAUGAAAAUUCAGCAGGCUUGAAGUUUCGGGAUUUGGAACUGCCUUAAGGAAUACUACACUUGGAAACAGCGUAUUCUGAGAGGUGCGAGAAAGACAGCAUGAACUUUACUCCGAUACACACUCCUGUCUGCAGAAAGCUAACAACUGUCGACAAACGCAGGGCUUCCUCUGGCGUCAGUGGCUCCUCUGGCUGGGGGAGGAUGGCAGAUUCCGUGGAGUCAACCCCCUUGCCGUCCGUUGAAGAUCGUAUGGCUGUCCUCUGUCCUUCCCAGGAGCUUCUGGAAUAUUAUCAAAAGAAGAUGGCUGAGUGUGAGGCCGAAAAUGAGGACCUGCUGCAGAAACUGGAACUCUACAGGGAAGCUUGUGAAGGGCAGCAUAAGCUUGAGUGGGAUUUGCAGCAGCGGGAGGAGGAGAUUGCGGAACUGCAGAAGGCUCUGAGUGACAUGCAGGUCUGCCUCUUCCAGGAGCGGGAACACGUUCUGCGCCUCUACUCGGAGAAUGACCGGCUGAGAAUCAGGGAGCUAGAAGACAAGAAAAAAAUUCAGAAUCUCCUGGCUCUGGUGGGAACGGACACCGGAGAAGUGACCUAUUUUUAUAAGGAGCCUCCCCACAAAGUCAGCAUUCUCCAGAAGACUGCCCCGGCUGUAGGAAUAUGUGAACAGAACGAAUCUUCCGCUUUCAAAGCAGAUCCUAAAGUAAGCAAAAGAAAACCAGCAUUGAAAGAGAGAGAAGAAGGUUCUGAGAAUUACCAAAGAGACGUCCAGACACUCGUCCUGCAGGUGGAAGCACUGCAGGCCCAGCUGGGAGAGCAGACCAGGCUGUCCCGAGAACAGGUGGAAGGGCUCAUGGAGGACAGACGGAUCCGCAUCGAGGAGAUCCAGGCUCAGCACGAGCGAAAUCAGGACAAGAUCAAAGAGCUCAUCCAGAGUCUCCAUCACACCCAAGAACUGCUCUAUGAGAGUACCAAAGACUAUUUACAACUCAGGUUUGAAAACCAAAACAAAGAGAAGUCAUGGAUGCUCGAAAAGGACUGCUUGUUGUCAAAGAUAAAGCAGUACAGGGUGCAGUGUAAGAAGAAAGAAGAUAAAGUUGGAAAAGUCUUGCCAGUUUUCCAUGAGAGUCAUCAUACUCAAAAUGAAUAUAUUAAGUCGCUGAAGGACAAGUUGGUGCAGGAGAAGAAGCUAUCCAGCAUGUACCAGGGGCAGUGCGUCUCCCUUGAAGAGGAGCUCGCCCGCAUUCGCGAGGAAGAGGCGGUGAGAAGGGAGAUCUUCAAGGACCGCACGAACAAGAUGGGGAGGCGAUUACAAGUCAUGACAAAACGCUACGAGGCCUUGGAGCGUCGGCGUCUCUUGGAAGUGGAGGGCUUCAAGACAGAUAUUAAGGCUCUCCGACAGAGAUUGAAAGACUUGGAGCAAAUGCUCUAUAAGGCGACAGUGAAUGUCCGGGCAAACCAGGACCUGGCCAUUCUGUGUGAGGUCCGCGACAGCAAUAGACGUGCACAUAAGAUCCAAGGAGAGCUGAAGAACCUCAAGUCCAAAGUGUUCGGUCUGGAAAACGAACUUAGACUCUGUUGAGGUCUCCCUUUGGACGCAGCCCCAUUGGGAAGAGGUCUGCGUCCGGAAGCUCAAGGAUUAGUCACUGCACCGGAAGAUGCAGACCGAGAGUGACCAAAGCAGCAGGCUUUGUGCCAAUGCAGACAGCCACGGCCAGGGUGCUUCAAAGGCUUUCCUUGCAGGGCUUUCGUCGGCACCGGCCUGUUAGCCUUGCCGGGGUCCGCAUCGGCGCCUGGAUUUCUCAGUCGCUGCUCCCUCCAAUGCUGAUGAGAACAUUCCUGCGCCGAGCUUGGCUGGGCAUCAGAGACCCACAUUGUACAUGGCCUUGAAGACCAAGGCCCUCACUGAGGUUGCCCUCGGUAAGGCAGAAGGGAGCGGCCGGGAGUGGCAGGGUGGGAACGGCAGGAGUCCCGCCGUGUCACUUACUCGUCCGGAGCUGUCCGGGAUGACCUUUUGGACACUCAGUCUGAUGAAGUGUCACUGGAGGGCACCAGAGACUCCAGGACGUGCAGGUGCCACUGGGCAGGCGUGAGUAAAACUGACAUGAUCUUGUAUGAAAACUUAGGCGUUUUAUUUUGAAAUAUUUAUUUUAUUUUGC